UUUCUGAUUAGUAGCAAAUAGGCCUAAGUACACGCACGGGUGCACUCAAAUGUUAUCAGCGGUUCGAGGUAACUUGUAUCGAGGAGUUAGUAUUUUAAGGAAAAAAAGCAACUGGAAUUUAAACUGCACCAAAAACAACCGCUGUAAGAAUCUUCUUACCCGGAGGAUCGACGACAGGAACAUGGGUUCACUCGAUCAAAACACUACCGAUGUUGGUUGCGCAGGACAGGAAAAGUCUAUGUCCACAGAUGAAAAGAUAAAAUUAAUCACGAAAAAUCUUCAGGAAGUCAUAGGGAUGGAGAGAAUUAUACCAAUCAUAGAAGAGAGGCCAUUGUCACUCUACUGGGGUACUGCAACAACUGGCAAGCCCCAUAUUGCUUAUUUUGUGCCAAUGACAAAAAUUGCUGAUUUUCUCCAUGCUGGAUGCGAGGUCACCAUUUUAUUUGCUGAUUUGCAUGCCUACCUAGACAAUCUCAAAGCUCCUUGGGAAUUACUCCAGUAUCGAGUAACAUACUAUCAAGAAAUCAUUAAGUCAGUGCUUGAGUCAAUUGAAGUGCCACUAGAGAAACUGAAAUUUGUCAAAGGAACUGAGUACCAACUUAGCAGGGAGUAUAUACUUGAUGUUUUCAAGAUGUCAACUGUUGCUACGGAGCACGACUGCAAGAAAGCUGGGUCUGAAGUUGUCAAACAAGUCCAGCAUCCUUUACUCAGUGGUCUUUUGUAUCCUGGCUUGCAGGCGUUAGAUGAAGAAUAUUUGAAAGUGGAUGCUCAAUUUGGUGGUGUUGAUCAACGGAAGAUUUUUACUUAUGCAGAAAAGUAUAUGCCGCAACUUGGGUAUAAAAAGAGGAUCCAUUUGAUGAAUCCUAUGGUCCCUGGGCUAACUGGUACAAAAAUGAGUGCAUCCGAAGAGGACUCAAAGAUUGAUAUUCUCGACAGCGCUGCUUCAGUGAGAAAGAAGAUAAACAAGGCGUUUUGUGAAGAAGGUAACAUAACGGAAAACGGGGUGCUCUCAUUUUGCAAGUUUGUUAUGUUCCCGAUUUUGGACCUGAGGCAAAACAGCAAAGGAUUUGUUAUUGAACGCGAUGCUGAUAAUGGGGGAACAGUAACAUUCAAGGAUUAUCCCUCAUUGGAAGAAACAUUUUCCAAAAAGGAACUUCACCCGCUGGACCUCAAAAAUGGCUUGUCACAAUUUAUGAAUGAAUUGUUAGAUCCGAUAAGAAAGAAAUUUGAAACGAAAGAAAUGAAAGCACUAAUAAAUAAAGCAUAUCCAAAAGUUGAAAAGAAAGCAAAAGGGAAAGGUGAAAAUCGGGAGGUGAAUCCAUCGAGACUUGACCUCAGGAUUGGCAAAAUAAUUUCUGUGAAGAAGCAUCCAGAUGCCGAUUCUUUGUAUAUUGAAGAAAUCGACGUUGGCGAAGAGCGCCCAAGAACUGUAGUUAGCGGUCUGGUUGAGUAUGUGACGGAAGAGGAACUAAAUGGCAGACUGGUUGUCUUGAUAUGCAAUAUGAAGCCAGUUAAUAUGAGAGGUAUUAAAUCAGAAGCCAUGCUGUUGGCAGCUUCAAAAACUGAGAUGACCGGAAAAAGAAUCGUUAAGCCAUUAGAACCACCGGCAUCAUCAAAACCAGGUGAUCGAGUCGAAGUUGAGGGGUAUCAGCAUGAAAUGCAUGGAGAACCUGACGAAUCUUUAAAUCCGAAGAAGAAAAUAUUUGAGACAAUCAAGACUGACUUAAUGGUUUCUGACGAAAAUAUUGCAGAAUACAAAGGAUGUCCCAUGAAAACAAAAGAUGGACCCAUUACAGCAGUUUUGCAAAAUGCAACAAUCAGUUGAUAUUGUAGUAGGUCAGUUUUUGGAGCUAAGCUCUAAACUUGCAAAUCUCAAUAGAAUUUAUCAUAUCCAUUC